AUGAAAGAAACCUAAGACUUAAAAAGAUUAUAAAGGAAGAUACGGUUUUUAUUUGCAACUACACUUUCCUCUGAACAACACCAGUUGGAAUCCAAAGAGCAGAAUGAAUGGUUGCUUCUUGCUACCUUUUAUCUUGGGAAUUCCUCUCAUAUGGCCUUGCUUUACAGCAACAGAAAUCUCUCCAACGGAGGAAGUUGAGCACCCCGUGGGUUCUCACUUCCGAGUGAAGCGUGGUUGGAUGUGGAACCAGUUUUUUGUACCAGAGGAAAGGAACGAGACUAAUUAUCACAUUGGCCAGCUAAGAUCUGAUUUAGACAAUGGAAACAACUCUUUCCAGUACAAGCUUUUGGGAGCUGGAGCUGGAAGUAUUUUUGUCAUUGAUGAGAGAACAGGUGACAUAUAUGCCGUCCAGAAGCUUGAUAGAGAGGAACGAUCCCUCUACACUCUACGAGCCCAGGUAAUAGACAGCACUACCGGAAGGGCUGUGGAACCCGAGUCCGAGUUUGUCAUCAGAGUUUCGGAUAUCAAUGACAAUGAACCCAAAUUCCUAGAUGAACCUUAUGAGGCCAUUGUACCAGAGAUGUCUCCAGAAGGAACAUUAGUCAUCCAAGUGACAGCAAAUGAUGCUGAUGAUCCUUCAAGUGGCAAUAAUGCUCGUCUCCUGUACAGUUUACUACAAGGCCAACCAUAUUUCUCCAUUGAACCAACAACAGGAGUCAUAAGAAUAUCUACUAAAAUGGAUAGAGAACUGCAAGAUGAGUAUUGGGUCAUUAUUCAAGCCAAAGAUAUGAUUGGUCUGCCUGGAGCACUGUCUGGAACAACAAGUGUAUUAAUUAAACUUUCUGAUGUGAAUGACAAUAAACCUAUAUUUAAGGAUCGUUUAUACCGCUUCACUGUUUCUGAAUCGGCACCUGCUGGGACUUCAAUAGGAAAAAUCAUGGCAUAUGAUAAUGACAUUGGAGAGAAUGCAGAAAUGGAUUACAGCAUUGAAGAUGAUUCACAAACAUUUGACAUAAUUACUAAUAAUAAGACGCAAGAAGGAAUAGUUAUAUUAAAAAAGAGGGUGGAUUUUGAGCACCAGAACCAAUAUCGUUUUAGAGCAAAUGUUAAAAACCGCCACGUUGAUGAGCAGCUCAUGGAAUACCAUGUUGAAGCUUCCACCACUUUCAUUAGGGUCCAGGUGGGAGAUGAAGAUGAACCUCCUGUUUUCCUGGUCCCAUAUUACCUGUUUGAAAUCUUCGAAGAAAGCCCACAUGGAUCAUUUGUAGGCAUGGUGUCUGCCAUAGAUCCAGAUCAGAGGAAAUCACCCAUCAGGUAUUCUAUGACCAGAAGCAAAGUGUUCAGUAUUGAUGACAAUGGCACAAUCGUCACAACUAACCCUCUUGAUCGAGAGAUUAGUGCUUGGUACAACCUAAGUAUUACAGCCACAGAAAAAUACAAUGUGCAACAGACCUCUGCAGUUCCUGUGUAUGUGCAAGUUCUUAAUAUUAAUGAUCAUGCUCCUGAGUUCUCUGAAUACUAUGACACAUAUGUUUGUGAAAAUGCAGGCUCUGGUCAGGUAAUCCAGACCAUCAGUGCAGUGGACGGAGACGACGCCCCAGAAGAUCACCAUUUUUACUUUCAUCUCUCUGGGGAAGACACAAAGAACUCGAGUUUCAUAAUCGUAGAUAAUGAAGAUAACACAGCUGUAAUUUUGACUAAUAGAACUGGUUUUAGCCUUCAAGAAGAGCCUGUCUUCUAUAUAUCUGUCCUAAUUGCUGACAAUGGAAUCCCAUCACUUACAAGUACAAACACCCUUACCAUACACAUCUGUGACUGCGAUGACCAUGGCAGUACACAGGCCUGCAGGAAUAAGGACCUUAUGCUAGCCAUGGGAUUCAGAACAGAAGUCCUACUUGCUGUCUUGAUAAGCGUCAUGAUAAUAUUUGGGUUUAUUUUUUUGAUCCUGGGUCUGAAACAGCGAAGGAAGCAGACUCUGUUUCCGGAGAAAAGCGAAGAUUUCCGCGAGAACAUAUUCAGCUACGACGAUGAAGGUGGCGGCGAGGAAGACACCGAGGCCUUCGACAUCGCGGAGCUGAGGAGCAGCGCGGUCCUGCGGGAGCGCAAGGCGCGGGGAGCCACCGCCGAGAUCAGGAGCCUGUACCGCCAGUCUCUGCAGGUGGGCCCCGAUAGUGCCGUUUUCCGCAAGUUCAUUCUGGAAAAGCUCGAAGAAGCGAAUACUGAUCCUUGUGCUCCUCCUUUUGACUCCCUCCAGACCUACGCUUUUGAGGGAACAGGGUCCUCAGCUGGGUCCCUGAGCUCCUUAGGGUCCGCAGCCUCUGAUCAGGAUGAAAAUUACGAUUACCUUAACGAGUUGGGACCUCGCUUUAAAAGAUUAGCAUGCAUGUUUGGGUCUGCUAUGCAGUCCAAUAAUUAGGGCUUUGUUAUUAUUUAAAAUUUUUAAAAAUGCUAGUAUGUGCUUGGGCAAACUGGUAGUCUCCUAGUAAAGAGUUGUGUACUGCAGUUCUCGGGGCGGGCAGAAAAGUUCCAGCAUCUUCUGAUUUCCUUGGAGUAAAUGCCCUUGGUUAUUUCCAGCUACCCACAUGUUGUCCCCGAAUGCAGAUGUGGAGUGAUGCUAACAGUCAGCUCUCGUGUGCCUGUGCAGGCCAACUGUGGCAUGUAGCUGGAGUAUUCCUCUGGCAUUUUUUUCACUACCAUCCAAUACAAAGUUUUGAAUGUUUAAUGUGAGAAAGGCCCUGAACUAGAUCAACUUAAUAUUAUUUCAGUUAUCCUUUUUUUUUUAAUCUUACAAAAUGAGAGUAUAUUGUUUAUGUAUUUUAAGUUCCUGACUGUACAGAGAGAAACAAAUACCUAGUAGAAUCUGGGUGAUGAUAUAAAACUUUUAAAAAGUGCUUAUUUUUUAUGAAUAAACAACUUUCUGAGAUUCUAUGACUCACAGUAGUUUGAUAUUUUAAAAUCACUGUCAAGGCCAUACUUGAAAACUGAUUUCAAAUUUAGACAGACUCUUAGUGUAUAUUGAGUAAUCAAAGAUACAGUAUAGAUUGUAUUAUCUUUGAUAUUACAGAUUUAUAUAAAAAAGGGAGUAUGAAGAUAUAUCUGAGACAUUUAAUGUUAUUUUUAUAUGUAGCCAAAAUACAUCUUUACUAUGGCACAAUGCAAUAACUAAAUACAUGUCAAAAUUUACUCAACAUUAAAUUUGAACUUUAUGAUAAUUGUGGAAAGCAUGAAAAUUUUAAGUAAAUUUUUAUUGCCACUAAAAAUGGUAGCAGUAAAUGAAAGAAGUAUUUGACUCAAAGUUGAAUUAAUAUUCAUGCAAAAUAUUAUGAUCACCUGUACUGAUUCUCACCACGCAUAGAAUGAGACAUGAUAAAAUUCUUAGCAUUUCCUUUUUAUUAAGAGCUUAGACCAGAACUGAUUCUUCAGUGUCAUCUUUUUUAUUAUGGGAUAUAAAAUUAGGUGCAAUAGUUACUUUUAUUAUAACAUUAUGAAGGAAGUAUGCUAAGCUGCCGGACAUGAUAAAAUCCAUGGAAACAUCCAGAUAACAAGCUUUAUGAUAACGUCAGAUAAUCAGAUAAUAAACCCUUUAAUUUUAACCAGCAUUUUCAGAACCAUCCUUAUUAUUCUAUACAAAUCAAGAUGGAAUUCAGAAUUCAUAGGUGGAACAGAAAGAAAAUGGUGAAUGAUACAGUGUCCUCAAAGUUGUUCUGUAUGUUCAUUUCUUCUUAGCAGCAUGUGGAAAUGAGCUGAACCAAAUCGACCAUUUAUAUUUAGAGAAAAUAUUUUGAAUAAUGUUUAAAGAUAGGUGGGUUUGAAUAGCUACAGUACUGUUUUCCUCUGUACUUGGAAACACAAACACAAACCACACCAUGUAAUAGAAGCGAGGUUUUCCACCAAUAUCCAUUCAGGUACCAUUAUGUCAGUAACAUAGGUAUCAACACUUUAAAAAAGCCCAAGACUGGAAAUACGACAAUUUAGGAAAAUAUUAAAAGUGGAUGAGAAGUGAUAAGUCAUAGAAAAUCCUUAGGCAUUCAUAUCAUCAUUUACUUAGGAAAGAGUAUGAAUACUAAACAAAACAAAAUGUUCAAAGAGAAAAACUUGCAAGUAAAACAGAAAUGUGUGAGUUGAGAGAACAUUUCUAUUUCUAUCAUAUUAACAUAAAAAUUGAAAGAGUAUAAUUGGGGAUAUUUUCAGGGAUUAUUCCAUAAAGGAUUAUUCCCUGUAUUUAAAAGAUUGUACUAUAUGUAAUCUUGGUUGAAGAAUUGGAAAGUACAAAAAGCAGCAGAUGAAUCAGUCCAUGGAAAAUAGAUGAGAAAAACAGAAAUAGGGUUUUCUGAGGCUCAAGUAGGUCUUGUCAUGGGUGAAAGCCUUAUGAACAACCUAUCAAUUUGGAUGAACACUUUUAAAAAUGCACACGUUUGAGUCCAGUGGCACUAAGCAGGUGUGUUAAAAUAAAUUCGGCUUAGUUGAUGAUGAGAUUGUUAACUCGAGGUACAUAGGAAAAGAACAUAGAUGGUUGCAUAUCGAUUUGCUAGUCUUAAACAAUAUCAAAAAAUACUAUCUGAUUCUUGUACAGAAGUUGAAAUUUCCUAUAAAUUGUGUUCGGUCACAUUUCAAUCACACUUGACCUUUUUGCGGUCCCCUGGGUUUUGCAAGAACACAGCUGUAUUCUAACCUAAAGUCAUGGUAUUAAGAUCUCAUUUUCGUAAAUUUUCAUUAAGGCUAAAUCAGUGCAGAUAUUUAUGAAAAUAGCACAGCUUCGCACUAACACUUGCAGUGCUUAAAUAUUACCCUCCGUUAACUCACAGGUGUAUGUGUAAGUCUGGGAUUACUAAUGGUUGCAACAAGAAAAUAUUUAAAGGCCUUUAAGUAAUCAUAGGCGUUCACACCGCAUCCGUGCUUGAGCCUGCAGAUCCGAGUAUGACUCAGUGCGCUUUUGUUCAAGUAACUGUGUGAACUCUGUCGAACUGUCUGCUCUUGGCCCGGCUUGUUUGUCAUCUGUAAAAUAAGGCCCCGUUCAGCUAUUGCACACGGUUGUUGGGACAGACGAGCAGUCCCUGACCCACGGAAGAACUGUGUUGUUGUGGGAGCCGAUGCGAUGCGGCUGGACCUCGCCGACCCCUUCCCUUCCAGGACUGAGUGCUCUGUGCGGCUUCACAGCGUGUUUGUGAUCUGAGUCCACUUGCUCACGCCACCUGGAAGCCGGGUGUUCCUCUGUCCCUGCUCAUGUCUUCCGGUCUCCUGUUCUAGGCCCGCAACACUGGCCCCCGGACGUUUCGCUUUUGCAUUGCCUCGCUUCAUUCAGGUCUGUGAUGGACUGUGAUUUCCUUAGAAAGGCCUCCUGGCCAUCGUCUUCCAUCGUCUUCCACGGUGGCCCUCGCUCCUCCUUGCUUUUAUUCAAAUCACUUAGCCACCUGGUAUUACAAUAUAUACCUACUUUUUUUUUUUUUUAACUUGUUAUGUCUUUAUCACUUAUUAGAAUGUAAGCCGUAAUGGGCAAGGAGUCCUCUGUCUUGUUCAUUUGUUCUUGUCUGAAAUUGUUUGUAGCACAUAGUAAGUGGACCAAUAAAUAUUCCUGAAUACAACAAUGAA